UUUAUACAUUUAUCAAGACAAAUUAUACAAUGUUGUGAUUGUGGGAAGGGCAUAGCCUGACCAAGUCCUUUCCCACACUUGAGUCGCUGGCAUUGAAGAGGUUAAGAACAUCCCUGCACGCUUCAUUUGUAGGAUACCACACACAAUCUGCAUCAGUCUGCAUUUAUUCCGCAAUAACAAUAGAGAUCUGGCAGCUGGUACUCAUACCCUGGGGUGUACAGUGGGGGGUGUCGGGCAGCCAGGAGGCGAUUUCAGUUACGACGUCCUCCCUUCCCCACACACAGCAACUGGCCAGGGAACAGUGAAAUGCUGCUCGCUGCCCGCUACAGAGGCAGAGGGGAGGGUGAAUCCCUAUAGGGUGGGUGUGUGGUUUGUCCUCCCUUACUGCCACUCCUAUCCCCCCCAACGCACACUCUUGUACACAAAACACACAAUAGACCAACACAAAGAGGACACAAGCUUCAGAGCUCCUCCUCUCCUACAUGGGAUGCAGAUUUGUUGGGUGGCGUUCGUAAUCAUGGUCCUAUAAUCCUCCAGGCCUUUUUUUUUUUUUUUUUUUUUUGUAAAGAUGGAUCAUACACUGGGUUGAGGAGCUCACAUUUUGUGAGGAUUUAUCCUCCGGAUUGAGACAUCUGUGUAUAAGCUCGGGGCAUAGCUGGUCACUAUGGGCAAAUGCACGGGGAAAUGCACCUUGGUUGGAAUCUGUUGUCUGCAACUGGCAGCAGCAUUGCAGAGGCAAAUCUUUGACUUCCUUGGCUAUCAAUGGGCUCCCAUAUUAGCCAACUUCCUGCAUAUCAUGGCAGUCAUCCUGGGAAUAUUUGGAACUCUGCAUUAUAGAUCAAGGUACCUUAUAAUGUAUUCCAUAUGGCUGGCGGUAUGGGUGGCCUGGAAUGCAUUUAUCAUCUGUUUCUAUCUGGAAGUAGGACAUCUAUCACAGCACAGGGACCUAAUUAUGAACUUUAAUACAUCAUUGCAUCGCUCCUGGUGGAUGGAAAAUGGACCAGGCUGUCUAGUAACACCAGUGCGUGGUCCACCACUGUCACUAGCUGAUCACCACGUGGUAACAGUUACUGGAUGCCUCCUGGACUAUCCAUACAUAGAAGCACUGAGCAGCGCCUUGCAGAUCUUUUUGGCACUCUUUGGUUUUGUCUAUGCCUGCUACGUCAGUAAAGUUUUCAUGGAUGAGGAGGACAGCUUUGAUUUUAUUGGCUCCUAUGAUUCCUAUGGAUAUCAGGCCCCCAUGAAGACUUCUCACCUCCAGUUGCAGCCACUAUAUAAACCUGGCUAGACCUCUCUGCUGGUUCUGUGUCUGCUGCAGGUGUUCUUCAGAUUACACAACCGCCACCUUUGCAACCUCUAAACUUACAGCUCUGUACAAAAUUAUUUGAUCUUGAUCGUUGGUGGAUAUGCCUUAAAGACAAAAGAAAAAAAAAAAAGCAGCAGUAAUGAUGCUACGAUAUUCUUCAACUGGCUGUACAAUGGACUUUUUAUCUUUAGGUGAAUAACUGUCAUUUUUAUUUUCAUUAAUUCCUAUAUGGUUGUAGAUUUUGCACAUUAGGAGAAGAAGAUGCACUUCUUAUACCCGAAAACAAAAGGACUGGACAACAAAACUGCCCCAGUUAGACCACUGAUCACUAUAUUAUGGGAUUUCACAAAUGUUUGCUUGUACAUUACUGAGAGAAGGGGAAGGUUUGAGAAAUGAUCUUCAAAUUUCACUGUAGACUUUAAGUGAACGCCGCAACUCUUAAAUGACGCGGAAGAGUGUUACGAUAGGAUAUAAUUUAAUUAUUGUGUUUUUUUUGUUUGUUUCAUUGUUUAACCACUGGGCUUCAGACUCAAGUCCACUAGUGCCACAAGAUUUCAGAAUCUCUGUAUGAACUGCUUGUGCAAAGGUUUAAUCACUUUGAUUGAAUCCAUCAGUGCUCAAGCGCCCCUCAAGGACUUGAGUAUAUCCCCAAUUUAAAUCUUGGUUGCUUACUGGCCGUGAAUGUGGCAAUCAAUAGUUCAAGGUUCUGACCUUCAAGUAUACAGGGUCCAGUUGUCUCUUUUGGUUACUAUAGUAACAUAUGACAGUGCAGUGUUUAAUGGCUAUAUGUGUGUGAAUGUGUGUGUGUGUAUAUAUAUAUAUAUAUAUAUAUAUAUAUAUAUAU